AUGCGUCUUUUCGCUUUGAUUUUAGCUCUGCUCGCCACAUUUGCAUCGCAUGCGUCUCCACUCGCGGGCUCCUUCGAGCGUGUUAUCGAGACCGCAUCAGACCGUCGUUCCGAUGCAGCGCUGACGGAGCUCACCCUUGGUCGCGAUUGGGGAUCCGACGUCGGGUCUUCUUUGAUCCGCAAUGACGCCUUCCGCCCAGGACCCUUUGGAUUCAACGAGAACAGUCCGGUAUUCUCUCAUUCGUCCUCGUCAUCGUUCCGAGCUCCGUCUCGUUCGUCCGAAAAAGCCAUUGUCUCGGCAGAUGCGCCAGGACCCUCGAGCUCGCGUCUGCACACCGAGCCUGCGACUAGACCCAUGCAGGCGGCGCACGUUGCUGGUGAGGGUGCUCCUCAGCUCGACACGCACUUCCUAGCCACCCUCAGACAACGAUCGCAGUCGCCAACCCUUCUGCUGCCCACCGAGAUCGUCUACGUCCGACCACCCUGGCUCACCGAGAUCUACAACCGCAUCGUAGCGGUGAGCGUGCACCGAGUCGUAACGCCCUUCCACGCGCUCGAGCUCGCAAUCCCUGCCGCAACGCUCGCUGCGAUCACGAGUCACACCAAGCACCUCAUCUCAGCACGCACCGACAUGUAUGCUUUGCGCUUCCCUCGGGCUGGAUACGAACCUGUCGAGGUGCUCCUCCGCUUCCACUCGAACCUGGUGUGGGAGAACGGCGAGAAGGUGUAUUCGGUCAUGUCGAUGUGGAGCACGACCGGAGGCGGGGAGAAGACGGCUCUACUAGGCGUUUGCAAGAUCAGCCUGAGAGCGUUCGAGCGGCUGGUGAGGAUGGUUCCCGGUGCGGAGAGGUUCGGAGUUCAGGCUUCCGAGACUAGCUUUUCGAGUCAUAGGUUGGCGUAUGAACUCGUGCCUAAGCCGUUGUUGGAUUAG